AUGGAGCCUCCGUCGCGACCCUCGAGUUCGUUGUUCGAUGUUUUUCUGCGUCUGCGCCCAUCCAGCUCUGGGAGUGCGCGCUUCCUCAACGUCGAAGAGAGCGAAAGCAGCCAUGCCACGCACAUCACCAUACAACCGCCUACCCAAGACAAGCGCAAGCGUGCUGUUGAACGAUUCGCCUUUACACAAGUCUUUGAGGAAGAUGCGCGACAAAUGGAUUUGUUCAAGGGCACUGGUGUGGUUCCCAUGAUUGAGGGCGUCAUGGGCACACCAGGCCACCACGGGCGAGAUGGACUGCUGGCAACCCUGGGCUGCACUGGAUCGGGCAAGAGUCAUACGAUCCUUGGUACCAAGUCCCAGCGCGGCCUUGUCCAGAUGACGCUGGAUACUAUCUUCCAAGCAUGCGACGAGCAGCUUGUACAGUCCUUCUAUGGUGCUCCGGCGUUCUCUUCACUGGCAGCAGCAGAUGUUUCUGAAGCGCAAAUGUUCACAGCAACCGCAUACAUCGACUCAAUGUACGGCGACGAACAGUCUGGACGCUACUCACGAGCGCAGACUCCCAUGGCAGACUGUAGUAUAUUCUCCACAGGAAGCACGUACAAAUCAAAUAAGAUGCCACGUCCGUCAACGCUACCAUCGUCGCCUUCUGUCGCCGACGUCCAGAUACCCACAGACCCCGACGCAGAAUAUGCCAUCGUCAUGUCCAUGUACGAGGUAUACAACGACCGCAUCUUCGAUCUGUUGAGCGGGAACACGGCAAAGAACAAGCAGCCAAACGUAAAACGAAGGGCUUUGCUCUUCAAGAAUACUGAGAAAAGUCCAGAUCGAAAAGUUGUUGCUGGUCUCACCAAGAUCAUCUGCGGAAGCUUCGAAGAAGCCAUGAUGGUACUGGAGACUGGUCUCAUGGAGCGCAAAGUCACUGGUACUGGGAGCAAUGCUGUGAGCUCGCGAAGCCAUGGCUUCUUCCAUGUCGAGAUCAAGAAGAGGGCUGCAGAACGCAAAGGUCCCUGGUCAAGCAGUAACCUCACCAUCGUUGACCUGGCAGGAUCAGAACGCGCCCGAAAUGCCAAAACUGCGGGCGAGACACUUGCCGAAGCUGGCAAAAUCAACGAGUCCCUCAUGUAUUUGGGUCAGUGUAUGCAGAUGCAGUCCGAUAACCAAGGAGGCUCUAAGAACAUUGUGCCAUUCCGUCAAUGCAAGCUUACCGAACUGCUUUUCUCAAACUCAUUCCCUGCCUCUGCCCGCCAAGCACAAUCGCACCGCCAGCCUCAGAAGUCCAUCAUGGUCGUAACUGCAGACCCCAAAGGCGACUACAACGCCACAUCUCAGAUCCUUCGCUACUCAGCCCUGGCUCGUGAGGUCACCGUGCCGCGGAUGCCGUCUACCUCAGACACGAUCUUCUCUGGUGCGCCACACAAGCGUCCUGGUACAGCUUCGUCAGGCCGCGCGACUCCUUCGGGCCGUACAACUCCUUCGGUCGUCAUGGAAGAGCUCGAAUAUGCCAACGCCGAGAUCGCACGCCUCACAGCAGAAAUGGAAAUCUUCGCCCUUCGCCUCUCCGAAGAGACAGCUCGCCGGAAAGCAGCCGAAUCGUCUUGGGCCGCAGCCGAAGACCACAUGGUGGACCUUGAACAGGAAAUUCGCGACGAAUGUUAUCUUGAGAUGGAAGCAGCCGUCGACCAAGAACGUCGUAGAUGGCAAGCUGCCCUGGACAACGAGCAAGACAACCAGCAAGCACACAUAGAUGCCAAGGUCGACGUCGUCAUCCGAGCAACAAAGGCACAGAUGAAACAAGAUAUCAAGGUUUACGAAGACCCAGAUCCAGAACUCAGAGACAGGGUCGAUGAGCUGGAACGUGAAAACGAGAUGCUACGGGCCAAGUUGGAAGCCAAAGAGCGUGAGACGCAGCAAAGAUCUGCGAGCCCUGUGAAGAAGAUGAGGAUUCUUAAGAGUAAGAAGUGGGAAGAUCCUGAACGCGCGAUGGGCGGAUUGAGCAUCGAUGAUGAAUGA